AUGUCGCACAUCGCAGAGAUCCCGACGCUCACAGGCCUCGACUACGCCAAGUUCUUCGCUUCCGGAGCAGCAUGUUGUCUGCUCAGUCACGGUGGCAUGGUCCCCAUAGAUGUCGUCAAGACAAGGAUGCAGCUCGAACCGCAGCUCAAGAAGCUGGGAAUGGUUGGCACGGCUCAGCACAUUGCAGCAGAAGAAGGCGUCCGCGGCUUCGCAACAGGUUUCGGCUCGACGGCUGUCGGAUACUUCUUCCAGGGAGGCGCCAAGUUUGCCCUGUACGACUUUUUCAAGAAGGAGUUGGCCGAGGCGAGCGGGAGCUACGAGAACGCGGUGCGGAAUCGCACGGCUAUCUAUCUUGGAGGAGCUGCGAUCGCCGAGUUCUUCGCCGACAUCCUCCUCACCCCGCUCGAAGCAGUUCGUAUCCGCCUCGUCUCUGACCGCAAGUACGCGACAAACCUUGCGACGGGCUUCAAGCGGAUGGCGAGUGAGGGAGGAGUCAGGGAAUUGUACGCGGGUUUCGUGCCGAUUUUGGCGAAGCAGAUCCCUUACGCCGUCGGUCAGUUCCUCGUCAACGAGCUCGCGCACGAGGCGGUCUACCGCCGACUCUCGCCCGAGAAGCGCGCGAGCUUGACGACCGGCGAACAGACGACCAUCACGCUCGGUUGCGGUAUCACUGCGGGUUUCGCCGCUGCUAUCCUCUCUCAACCUGCCGACACGCUUCUCAGCCAAAUCAACAAGGGGCACGGCGGCAAAGGCUCCGCCGCCUCAAAGCUUAUCGUCCUCGCCAAGGAGGCAGGACCGAUCGGCUUGUUCGCUGGACUCGGUCCGAGGAUGCUUAUGACGGCCGGUCUCGUCUCGUCCCAGUUCUACCUCUACUCCCUCAUCAAGAACGCCCUUGGCGCUGGCAAGGGUGUCGAGAUCCACAAAGACUAG